ACGAAUCCAUUCGUUCAUCGUCAUUAUUAAUUCUUCCCUGGUACUGUUCGCUGCUGGCCAACUAACUGUGACUGAAGAACUGUGAGCAAUAGAGCAAGUGACAAAGGAGUGGAGUGUACCGUUUGGUUGGUCGCAUUGUGCAAGAAGAAUGGUGCGGGGAGGGAUCCAAGAGGAGGAAAACUUUCUAUGAAGUGUGCGCAGGGAAGGGAAGAAGAAGCAGUGCAGUUCAUAAGUGACUAGCGAGCAGGGAGAAAGAAAAAGUAGAACGUAAACAAAAACAUAAAAAUCAUAAAAAAACACAAAGAAAAAUAAGGGCGAAAAUCCUGUGUGUGUUGUAUGUGUGUUUCCGUGUGAAGAGGCAAACCAAAAUACAGCUCACAGAUAGAGAUGAGUGAGAAGUGCGAGAGAGAGCAUAAGCAGAUGGGAAGCUAGUGUGCGUGAGGUUUGCGCGCAUUGUGUGAACACAAAAGAUCAGCAGUGACAUCUAGUAGGCAGUGGGUGGUACUGUGCCAUUUGUCAGUGGUUUUCAUUGUAGUUCGUACGAUUUUCACCAGGCGCUUUUGACGUUCCGACACACCAAUACAGCGAAUGCAAGGUCGUUUUGUGGACUGAACCUGGAGGAAGCUAUCAAGAAGUGGACAUUAUCAGGGUGCAGUGCAGUGUGUGAAUGUGCAUCUCGUGAGUCCAACCCGAAGGAAGAAGCAGAAGCAGCGCGCAGUAAAAACUAAUAGUACUGUUACAAUCAUAUUCGUGCUUGACCUGGUGCAGGGAAGUACCCCACCAAUACUACCGCAAACCGCUGAUCAGCUGUGAAGUAGUAGAGUGUGUAUAUUUUUCUAGCAGCCAGCAAGCCAGUAGAUCGCAGUCGACGACGUCGUCGUCGUCGCUACUUCUGUCAUCAAAAGCGUAGUAUUUUUUAAUACAUUUAGAAGCAGCCCCAGUAGCGACGAGGAGUAGGAAGAGUAAACCAGUGAGUUUAGAGCAGUAGCAACUCUCGGAAAGAAAGUGACGAACCAAUCUCGCAGCUCCUGCUGACAAUAAACGAAAACCUGUACCCUGCUACGCAUCCAAGGGAGGGAUUACGGACUGGGAUUUCAACCUAUUUGCUGCUGAGCUUGAAUGUUAAAACAAACUCAAAAUUGCUUACGUUCGGGAGAAGCACGGCUCAUCUGCAAGGUCCUCCUCGUCCUCAGAAGAAGACCUCAAUGAACGACGAGCAACGGUACCGAGCACGAGCAGCAGCACGAGCCAGCAUCAAUCGACCAGCCUUCCUCAUCCGCAGCGUCCGCACCACUCCCACCAAUCGAAGCGUCUGCGUCCCUCAACUUCAUACAAUUCCUCAUCGUCCACAUCCUCGCCAUCAUCCGCUGCUGUAGACCAGCAGCUCCGGCAUCGUAGCACAGGUGCUGGACCCGAUUCGGAAGUGGAUCAAAAAGAGGAAAAACUGAGCCGGCGGCAGCGACACCGAGAGCACCGAGAGGACCAGGAAAAGGACAAAUCCCAACAGCAGCAGCGUAGAAAGUCCCAGCGACGUAGGAAGCAGUCUCCGGCAGCGGACGAGCCUAGCAAGUCCCGUUCAGGGGACGACAAGGGGGAAGGGCUCGAGGACAAAGAGGAGGGAUCCUUUGCCAGUCCGCAGAGCAAACGGCGAAGAAUGUUGAACGAGAACAACAAUCUCAACGGGACGCUGCCCACAGCCGCCCCAAUGGAUUCGACCUCGUGCGAUAUGAACGGCCACAAUACCAACAACAACGGCCAACAGGAUGGUGAGACCAGCACUGACGUUGUUGCCACAAAUGGCGAAUCCUCUGCCCACCGAAAGGUAGUGAAACUCGACAAGACUAAUCAGGAGAUUGUCCGACUGAUUGGACAACACUUGAAGAACAUUGGACUGGAAAGAAGCGCCGAGGCUUUGAUGCAGGAAUCGGGAUGCUGCCUGGAGCACCCGUCUGCAACGAAAUUCCGCCGUCAUGUCCUGUCCGGAGACUGGACCAAAGCUGACCACGACCUGCACGAGCUGCAGACCAUGGUUGACCCGAAGACCGAUCGUGCCGGUAUGAACGAGAUGAAGUUCUUGCUGUUGGAACAAAAGUAUUUGGAGUUCCUCGAGGAGGGUCGUCCCAUCGAUGCUUUGCAUGUGCUCCGCAACGAGCUAACCCCGUUGCAACACAAUACACCCCGUGUUCAUCAGCUGUCGUCGUACAUGAUGUGUACCAACAAUCAGGAACUCUACCAACGCGCUAGCUGGGAGGGCAAGGGCGUAAAGUCACGCACCCGACUGAUGGAUCGUCUUCAGUCGUACCUACCGGCCACGGUCAUGUUGCCACCUCGGCGCCUACGCACCCUGCUGGCUCAGUCGGUGGAGAUGCAAACCGAACGCUGCCAAUGUCACGAUAUGGCCUGGAGUACCAACAUCGACAAUGUCUCGCUGCUGGUCGACCACAAUUGCUCCUCCGAGGGCUUCCCGAUGCAGGCACUGCAUGUGCUGAAUGACCACUCGGAUGAGGUAUGGUUCUGUAAGUUCUCACCCAACGGCCUACGGUUGGCGACGGGAUCCAAGGACAAUACCGUUAUCGUUUGGGAAGUGGAUCCGGUCAAGUUGGUCCUGAAGAACAAACGAACCUUUGACGGGCACACCUACGGUGUGUCGUUCAUUGCCUGGAGUCCAGAUUCCAAGUACUUUAUCGUAUGCGGUCCGGAGGAUUGUCCGGAUCUUUGGAUCUGGGACGUUGAACAGGAGAAGCUUAUCACAAAAGUGUCCCAUUCUACCGACGAUAGUUUGACCUGUGCCGCUUUCAACAAGGACGGCACCCGUUUCGUGACCGGUGGAACUCGCGGUCAGUUCUACCUGGUAGACUUGGAUGGCACGGUUCACGACAAUUGGGAAGGAGUUCGCGUGAAUGGGUUGGCGUUCCGUGCAGAUAACAAGACAAUUCUGGCUGCAGACACCCACUACCGAAUACGGGGCUACAGUUUCGACAAUCCCCGAACCGACUACAACCUUGUCCAGGAGCAGUGCCCCAUUAUGACGUUCUCGGUCAACUCGGCCGAUCGGCUAGCCCUGCUGAACAUCUCCUCCCAAGGACUGCAUUUAUGGGAUCUCCAGGACAAGUGUCUCGUGCGUCGUUUCCAGGGUGUAACCCAGGGCAACUAUACGAUCUAUUCCUGCUUUGGCGGUGUGAACGAAAGUUUCGUGGCCAGCGGUAGCGAAGACAACAAGGUUUACAUCUGGCACAUCCGCCGGGAGGAACCGCUGGCAACGCUGGUAGGCCACACCCGAACCGUCAACUGCGUCAGUUGGAACCCGGUCUAUCCGUCCCUGUUGGCGUCCGCUUCGGAUGACGGAACGGUGCGGAUCUGGGGACCGAAGCAGCCUCAGCUGGCCUGGGCCGCCAGCAGUAACAACGGCGAUAGUGCGUCGAUCGCAUCCACUAGCUCCACGGCAUCGUCCUCGUCGACGUCAUCAACGGCGUCGUCCGGGACGAAUAACGAUCUUAUAUCGAACUCUUCAUGGAAUAUCACAUAAUAUUAGAUUCUGCAGCACGCGGCUCCCCAUCCCCCCAAGUAGUGAACGUGUUAAGCAUUAUUAUAUUCGGUUUAACAUAAUAAGUAAACUCUAAAUUUAGUCAUGUAAUUUAGAAAUAAUAUAACGAAAAUGAAGUUGAAGAAGAAUAAGAAGAAGAAAGGCAAAUCAGAAAAAUGAAUUCUAUUGUACUGUAACAAUAAAAUCAGAGCGGAGAUGAAAACACACACAAUAACAAACAGAAAAACAUACCGAUAAUGAAAAAAAUAAGAUCAAUAAUUCAACAAUGCUACUAAUUAUAAUCGAACGCGAGCAAAUCAUCACAUUUAGUAAACAACCAACCAACCAACCAUCAUGCGAUGAAUCAUAUUCAAUCAGAACAUGGCGUACUAGAAACUAAUCAAAAGAAUCGAUCAACAGAAGAGAAAACAAAACACAGUAAUCGCAAUAUUGAUAUUUGAAAAAAAAAAUGUGUGUGUGUUUGCAGUUGUCCACGCAAACAAAAAAAGAAAUUGUGAUUGGGAGGAAUGAUGAUGAGCAGUCUCCGCACGAAAUCGGUUCAGAACGACGACGAAAAUAAGGGUGAAUGAUUGCGAAAAGUUAGACGGCAGAGAACGGUUUUAUAGCUCCCCGCUUAAGCGCUCGACUAAGUUGGAGAGGCGCAACCUUUUAUUCGACUUUAUAGAGCUCUGAAUCUAUAUUUUCGAGAGGAUGAAAGCGCACUGCGCCGCUUGAUUGAUGAAUUAAUUUUAAAAGAGUCAGGAAAUUUGAACAUUUUUGUUUUUUAAUUAAUUAUUUUGAUUGUUUGGUUCUUCCCAGAAGCAAGGUGAGGAAAAUUCAAUUUCGAGUUCAAGAGUGAAGUUAAAACGUUUUUAGAUUGUAGAAUCAAGCCUGAAAAUCGAAGUGAUUCGAAACAUUACAAGUAGAAAGAAAAUGUGUUUAAACUGCAAGAAUAACAAAAAUGCUCGUGAUUGUUGGUUUCACUGAAUCUUUUCUAUAAAAUUUUAAUUUCGAGAAAAAUAACAAAAAAACAAAAAUAAAUCUUCUUAGUGGUUAGAAGCGAGUGAGAGGUGAAAUGAUUGCAAUAUCUCAUUGAUAGGAGGAAGAGAAAUAGCGUUCAGUUUAAUUAGGAAAAACGAAAAACAAAACAUUGGUCCCAUGAGAAUCUAUUUAUGCACAUUUAAGUCGCUUCACGUAUGUUAGUAGAAGUUAAUGAAGAAGAAGAAAAGUUGAUAACGAUGGAACGAAUGAAGCAAAACAAACCAGCAAAGUUCAACGGAACCAUUGUUUAUCAAUAUACAUAUAUAUUUUUAGUUCAAGAGUUUUAUUUUUAAUAUACACCCAAAAAAAAUCAACAACAAAACAAAUAGAUGGCGUCCUUAGGUUUUAAUUUGUGGAUUUUCUAAAACAUUUUUUUAAUGAUGAUGAAAAUUGUGCAAAGGACAGCCCAGUGGGGCGAAUCUUAUUAUUUAUGAUGUUUUCUAUUUGCGAUUGUUUCUUCCCUUGUCAUUGUGUGGUUCGUGAUGAUUUUUGUACUUUUUUUUUGGGAAAGCGCGUGGAGCAAAGAUCGACAGGAUUUGGUGAAUCUUGGUAAGAAAAUUUAAAGAUGCGUUGCAAGAAAGUGGAAGACGAACGUGUUAAUGUGAAAGAAAGAAAAAAAAACACGACAUAGAAGACGGAAGGUAACGGAAAGUGAAGAAUUAACCCUUGUGGAUUGAAUAAUGUGGAUUAUGUAUUUUACUGAAUAAAAUUUUAAGCAAACCGA